CCCGCCUCCGGCCCGUCUCGUUGUCUUCCCCAAUCUGCACGAGCUGUCUAUCGUCUCCGGCGGCGGAAGCGGAAGGAAGCAGAGGCGGCCACCAUGGUGAAGGGACGCACGGGGCAGCGCGUCAGGCUCUACGUCCGGGGCACCAUCCUCGGAUACAAGAGGUCCAAGUCGAACCAGUACGAGACCACGUCGCUCGUGCAGAUCGAGGGGGUCAACACCAAGGAGGACGUCGCGUGGUACGCCGGCAAGCGCAUGGCGUACAUCUACAAGGCCAAGACCAAGAGCAGUGAGACCCGCUACAGGUGCAUCUGGGGUAAGGUCACCCGCCCGCACGGCAACUCCGGUGUCGUCCGCGCCAAGUUCAAGUCGAACCUCCCGCCUGAGUCCAUGGGGCGCAAGGUCAGAGUGUUCAUGUACCCUAGCAGCAUCUAAGGUUUUGUUGGAGUAAAGAUGGACUAGAAAUGGCCAUGCGUAUUUCUUACUUCUCUGAGCUUAAAAUGCCAUGUGUUGGCAACUUAGAUUGUUCAUGUACUGAACCUGUCGAAGUUCUGCCAAAAUUUGUUGUCGAACGGAUGAACUAUUGUCAUAUUGUUAUGCCCGCAGCAGAGCAUAUUUUUGCCCCGUGACAUCAAUGUCUGAUUGCAGUAUUUUCAAGUUCU